UAAAAGCGGAGGGGUGGAGAAAUGGAAGUCAAUUGUGGGGAAGGAGCUUUGGAAGUUUGGGGAGAAAGGAGACCCAACAGUGAAUAGAGAGGUGAGGCAAGGAAGCAGUCAUGAAGGGGAGGGAGGUGUUGGGCAGGAAGUAGAAUCAAUGGAGAAGGUGGAGGGAAGAGGAAAUCUCCUCCCCACCCCUGUCGUUAUGUUGUGGUAAACCACCCAGAGAUUUGUUCUGAGCUGCCUGGGGAACAGUCUGUUCUGGAGCAGCCAUUAAAGACAGAAGGAAGAAGCAAUUGCUCGCUGGAAUCGCCUACUUUUGUUAUUAAAACACCUUUCAUCUUCAAGAAUGUAAUACCGCUAACUGAAUAAUGUGUUGACUUCACAGGACUUCAUAGUCUCACCUCUCUGGACAGUCCUUGCUUUAGGAAAGAAGCUUCCUGUAGAGCAAGGAAACCCGGCAGUCUUGCUAGAAUUUGCCUUGGAGUAGGGAGCAGAGAUGGAAAAGGAACACUCAGCUGGCCCUGAAGCAGGAAGGGACCCUCUUGCCAGGCAGACUAAGAGCAGUGAAGAAUUCUGGGAGAGAACUGUGCAGACGAUGCUGGCAGAGGAGUGCACCAGCUCAGCUGCAAACUGUCAGAGACUCCGGCAGUUGUGCUACCAGGAGGGAAAGGGCCCCCGAGAGAUUUGCAGCCAACUCCAUGGCCUUUGCCGUCAGUGGCUGAAGCCAGAAAAACACACAAAGAUGCAGAUCCUGGACUUGGUGAUCCUGGAGCAGUUGCUGACCAUCCUGCCGCCAGAGAUGGAGAGCUGGGUCAGAGAAUGCGGAGCAGAGACCAGUUCCCAGGCAGUAGCCCUAGCAGAAGGUUUCCUCCUGAGCCAAGCAGAGGCCAAGAAGAAGAAAGAGCAAAAGUGCCAGGAGCCAUCAAAAGUGGACCCCAAUUUCUCCAUAGAAGAGCUGGCUGCAUCAGACCAUAGAGAAAGUUCACUGAAUAGGUGUAUCGUUCAAGAGAGUGAAGGAGGUGCCACCUCACUGGGUUCUAAAAUGGCACCCGUUCUUCCAUCCAAGCCUUCUACUCUUUUUUGUGGAGUAGAGAUGGUCUCUGUGCAACUGGACCAGGGUCCGGUGGAUGUGAUUGUGAAUUUCACAGAGGAAGAGUGGGCUCUGCUGGAUGCAGGCCAAAGAGCUCUGCACAAAGAAAUCACGGAGGAGAUCUGUGGGCAUCUGGCCUCUCUGGGUGCGAGCUGUAUCAGGAGAAAUAGCCAGUGGGUGGCUUCACGCAUCAUGGCGGCAAUUUAGGUCUGGCUCCAGAGUGUUGUCCAAACCCACCAGAAUGAGUGGGUUCUUCCCUCCAAGAACCAAGCAUCUGUCAACUGGAUUUGAAAUCAGUUACAAGUGUCAGAUUCCCUGAGCGAAAUGCAACUGGGGAACCCAACAUUGAUACAGGUGAUGGAGGGAAGAGUGAGAAAAAGAAUGAACUGCAGAGUAGGGAAAGGGAAGUGAAAUAUACGUGGGAGAAGAAAGCUGCUACUUCUGAAUACACUGAUGUCCCUGAAAUUUCUGUCCAAACAAAGGAUUCC